AUGUUGAGUUUAACCAGGAGUCUAACUCCACGUUUCCAGGGCGCAUUUCCGCGUUUCGCAAAACUUACCCUGGCAGCAAGAUGGUUGAGCAUACAGACUGCAACCACUCCAAACGAGAACUCACUUAAGUUCAUCGUCAAAGAUCACCACUUCUUACCUCCAUCAGUGGAUCAUUCUGUGGACGUUGAAGAUCUUCCUGCCGCAUCUGAUAAGUCGCCAUUGGCGGUAUCCCUGUUCAAGUUAAACGGGGUGAUGUCAUUGUUGAUCGGUCCUGAUUUCAUCACAGUUAAUAAAGUGGAAGACGAUUUGUCCAACAACCCAGAACUGCAGUGGCCUGCUCUCAAACCAAAGAUCAUUGAUACUCUGGAAACUGCAUUCAAGGAGAAAACUCCAGUGUUGACCACAGAAUACAUCAGAGAGCUGGAACGCACCCAGGAGGAACCCCAGGACGAGGACGACGAUGUCACAUACGAAAUCAAAGAAUUGCUUAAUACGAGAAUCAGACCCGCACUUCAAGAUGAUGGUGGCGAUGUGCAUUUCAGAUCUUUCGACCCCCACACAGGAACCGUGUAUAUCAAGCUUAAGGGUGCGUGCAAAUCGUGCAGUCUGAGUGAGGAAACACUCAAGAAUGGAAUUGAGAGUAUGCUCAAGUACUACGUUGAGGAGGUCAAUGAGGUAAAGCCAAUACUUGACUUGGAGGAAGAGGUGAGUCUCCAGGAGUUUGAGAAGUUGGAGGCCAAGUUGAAGGCUUCCUCAGCAACCAGAUAG